UUAAUCAAUGGAAAAGAAGUAAUAAAUAUUGUACAUGAGGUUGAUAUAAUACAUUAAACUCCUUUCUACAAAUCAAGUUUUGUUCCAUCACAUAAAUUUUAUAAAUAUAAAAUAACCCAAAUAACUUGCAGUUGAUUGCACAUAUUUUACUUUACUAUUUUCAUGAUAUUUCUAAUUAUUAGAUUUAUUAUGAAUCAAUAGAAUGUAAUAAUGUUUUUUUAUAUCUAUCAUGCAAACUCAAUGCCUUUUUUUUUAUGUUUUGAAAGACUUGAAGUAGGCGUCCUAUUCUUGCUACUAUGAUGACGAGUAACCUUCAUCGCUCCGACACUACAACGAUUUUUAAUGUUUCAUUUAUUACAUGAAAAUUUAAAUCACUUCUGUUCUAUUAAGUGUUCAAAGUUCAUUAGUUAAGUUUGAGCUUUGAUGUUUGAAGUGAUUAGAGUUUCAAAUAAAAUUUUAAUACUCGUGUUUUGAAUUUUUGACGUGUUUAAAAUUAUGUGUUAAUUCUUAGACGAGAAAAAAUUAUUCUAGGAACCGGUAAAAGGAAGAACCGAACCGUUUACUACCGGUUCGGUUCCAUAACGGUUCUUGAUUUUUUAUAUAGGAACCGAACCGAUUUCAUUAGUUAAAACUUUUAUAACGGUUCCACUCAUUUUGAGUGAGAACCGAACUGAUCCCAGCCCUACUUCGUAUACAACUAAGACGCAAAUGGUCUGGGUUAGGUGAUCCAACUUCUUCCCUUCUAAAAACAGCUAUCCAAAAUCGAAAUUCUGGCAACAAAAUCUCUCUAUCUGCAAUAAGACAAAACACAAAUUGAGACUGUCUAGAGCAAAAAGACAUAGAAGAAACAGAUGCCCAGACAGUAUCAAUGGAAUGCAUGGGAUUAGUAGAAAAAUGGUAAUAAUCCAAUUUGGUACUAUCUGAGCAGAGACUACUGAUUCAACUAAGAAUUGGUAUUAUUAUAAUACAAACCUCACUAGCUCCUUUACUUUCAUCCUCCUGGACCUCCUCCACUCUUAGUGCCCUUUUCCAUGGCUUUCUUCUCUGCAAUUGUUGCCUUCUCUACUCUCAUCUUUCUGUAUUCUCCUCAUCCUUUCUGGGAAUCCUUUUACUCCCCGCUCCUUGUUUUGACCUUCGCCCUCCUCCUUUCAAUCCUCCGGCUCAUCGCUUCUCGUAGACCCGCCCGGUUCGGCGAAACCGAGGUCGGUCCGGUUGGACCAUCUUCAUGUGAUUCUCCCGCCGAUGCGAAAUGUCCGGGCCCUGACCCGAACCCGAUCCACGACGGCUUGAUUCUGGAUCGGAAUGCGAGAUCUGCAGAAGAGGCGAUAGACGAAGAGUACGACGGGGAAAACGACGGCGUUCUGCACGGGAAGAGAGGUCUGGAUCUGGGCGCCGCCAUUGAGAGGUACGAUUCCCUCGCGUUGUGCUAUCCGGAAACUGAUUCCGACUGUUCUUCGUCGGACGGGGAGUUUACGGAGAUCGGAGAGUGGCGGGACGAGUAUUCCGGUGGGUGGGAGGAGGAGAGGGAGGAGAUGAUGAUUGAGAUUAAGCUGGACUGGGAGCGAAGGCCUAACAAGGUGAUUGUGGAGGAGGACAAUUUGAUCGAGAUCGACCUUUCCCCUAAUCGCGAGUUUUGUGAUGAGUUUUCAGAUUAGUGUUCAUGCACGUUCUUUCACAAAAUUGCUAAUGUAAUUAAUUUUGUUGAUUUUGUAUUAUAAAUUAGAAAUAAUAUGUAAUUUCCUUGUACCAUAAUGAUUUUUCAUUCUAUCAUUAUAUGAAUUAAUUCGCUUUUUGGGUCUACGAGUUUUGU